CACGAAACGAAACAAGAAGCGGCGGAAGUGGGGACCGUACGCCAUUUUAUAUUUUUGCGUAGCAUUAAACUAAAAUAUUGUAUGUGUGGAAUAUUAAUUAUGGUAAAUAAAGUAAUAAUAAAUAAUAUUUGUGUUGAUUAGCCGAAUAAAACGAGAUGAUUAUUAUCGGCAACGCGUGUAUCGAAAAUCGUGCCGAAGCGUUAGGACCCAUCUACAGUCCGCGUUGCCGCGCAUGAAACUCCACUAUUUUCUCUCUGUUAAUACGUAAACACUCUUUUUUCCUCAUUUACUCAUAUCGCUACAUAGUUUUUUUUUUUUUUUGUCAUCAUUUUCUUUUUCAUUUCUCUCACGUUGAACGUAUUAAGUGACGGGUAGUGUCGUGUUGUGUGUUUGAUAUAUACGUAAAGAAAAUACUUUUUAUUAUUUGAUCUGUGUGAUUAAUUAGUUUUGUGAUACAUAAUAUCACAAUCGUAUUUCUAUACAUCAUCUGGUAUAUUCAAUAUUUCGACACAUUUUUUCAUUUUUUUUUUUUUUCUCGUUGGCUCUAACCGGACAAGAUAUUUGCAACCAAUCGACUAAUAAACUUUCAGAGACGAGUUUCAAUAAGCGACGAGAGAAAGAAAUCUGUGAUAUUAAACGGUAAUAAAAAAAAAAAAUUAAAAAAUAGGUAGAUAUAAAAAAAAACUAUAUGUAUUACAAACGUAUGUACGUUGAUAAUCGUGGCCUAGAAGGCACAAAAAUACGUUAAAAAUUUUACGGAUUUUUCAUGUGACUUGCAUCCAUAUAUGUGUAUAUGACAAAAAAUCGACAGAAGCAAAAAAUAUUGAGGAACUGACAAAAAAUACGAGUGUGCGCGGAAAAUAAAGGGUUAAAUUGUAAUUUAUCAAGUAAAACAACGUGCUGAAGAUUUACGAUAAUGUCUGUUGAGUCUAUAUCUAGUGACAGGCCUGAAGAGCCUGAUACUAAAAAUGAAGAAGACGAAGCAAUUAUAUCCAUUGCGGUUGCCGGAGAGGUGACCGAUUCUUGUAUUGUUGAAGUAGGAAAAGCAAGACCUCAGUUUCAAUACACAAGGGAAGAACUUAUGGUUAUUAAGGGAUUACCAUUGUCUAAACGUCGACCUGAAUGUUUAGACGCUGCUUAUAAUAAGUGUUUGUUAUCUAGCUCACGUGGUGUAUGGGAUCCAGAACGUUGGCAUUUGGAUAGGAAACGUAGCGAGACGCCAUCUGAAGAAGAACAACGAGCUGGUGGUAGAGGAGAUCAAGUCGUUGAAUCACAGAAUAAUAAGCGUCGAAGUGGAGAUCCAAGAGAACGAAUUCGUAAGGAACAAGAUGGUAUAAUCUUAAGUCCUCAACGAAGAAGUUUCAACUCAGGAUGUUUUGUAAACGUGACUCAACCAACGUCUCGUCGUCCGGAAAGUCCUAUUGGAAAAACAGAAGUUGCUCAUCGCGAGCCAGUUCGUCGUAUAGGUAGCGGUCGUUUGCUAACACGAGACAUGUGGGACUUUAGACCAGAAAAUGAAAAGAUGGAGUCUGAUCGUUCGGACUUCAGUUAUCGAAGUAGUGGUAAUUCAACGCGUGAUCGUGAUAAUCGAGAUUCAGGUAGAGAACGUGAGAAUUUACGUGAUCGAGACAAUAUUCGUGACAGGGAUGAUCGCAAUGAACGCUAUGAAAGAAGAUCGUUUGGCCGAGACUUUGGUGAUCGAGAUAACCGUGAUCGUGGUUCAGAUCCAAGGAAUGAUCGUAGUCAUGUAAUGGAUCGUGAUAAGGAUCGAGGUGGUAGAGAUCGAAAGUAUGGAUCAGAUCGAAGAAAAUUGCACAGUCACGAUUCACGUGAAAUAGAAGAGCCAGAAUGGUUUAGUUCUGGUCCAAUUUCACAACAUGAUACUAUUGAGCUUCGUGGAUUUGAUGAUCCUCCUGAAGAAAAGAGUGUAAAGUCAAAGAAAACAUCACCAGCACAAAAAAAACGUGGCAAGAAACUUGUUAAUGAAAAGGAUGAAAAAUCAAGUGAAAAUUCGGCUGGCCCGAAAGGACGUAGUACACCAACCGCUAUUGACCAACCAAUUAAUCCUUUACCUGCGCCGCAUUCUCCGAUUCUAGAAAAACCAGAAAAUGAGGCAGCUAAAGAAAAAGUACAAUCUGAGACUAGUAACAGUACAAAUACUGAAUCUAGUAUAAAUCGUGAAAGUGCAGAACGAUCUGAAACUGGUAAAAAUCGUGAAGCAGAUAGCUUAGGCUUUAAUCUUGAUGAUUUUCUUAAAUCAGACAAUGUUCCUGGUGUUUCUGGAUUGCUGACCAAUGGCGUUGGUGCUAACAGUGGUAGUGGAUCACGUUUUAGUCAAUGGUUUAAAAGAGAGAGUCCACUUCUACAGGAAGAUAGUCGUAGACCUUCAAUUCAAGAUGAGCUUCUAAAUAAUUUACUUAGUGACAUCACUGAGCCCAACAUUCAAGUACCAUCUGUUAAUGAGUCAAACGCUUAUUUUGCACCUAUUUCUCCAGCUAAUUCAACUAAUGUCAACAAUACACCGUCAGCUACUGAAGUUAAACUCCUCGAAAUGUUACAACGUGGUAAUAGAUCCAAUCAAAAUGGUCAAGGUGAUACUGCCGUUAACAUGAUACAGAUGUUGAAAAAUCCACCUGUCAAAGAUAUGGAAGUUGGGGGUAAAGGAAUGCAUAGUCUAGAAGAAUUAGAAGCUCGUAUGAGAGGAGGUGCACCACCGCAUGUACAUCAUGUUGAACAACAAAGAGUUAACAAAACGGAUGAAGAUCUCUCUGCAUUUAAAAAACUUCUUGCUCAAGUGUCUGGAGGCCAAGCUGUACCUGCUGCAAAUGGACUUAAUCCACCAAAAGGUCAUCCUAUUACUCUGAUGCAAUUGUUGAAAAAUCAACAACCUCAACCACCAAUUCAAGUUCCAUCUCAUCAGUCCUUAGUACCCGAACAACCUCAUCCUCCUACAUUUGAUCACGUUGGUCCAUUAGGUCCUACUCAGCAUGCUCAUCAAGCUCAAAUGCAACAUGAAAAUUUGCUUAAAGUACUGAGAAUACAACAGCAGCAGCAACAACAACAACAGCAGCAACAGCAACAACACAAGCAACGCCAACAACAGCAAACUGACAUGUUGUCAAUGAUGAUGGGCACCCAGAGAAUGGUUGGAGUAAGCCCAAUUCCUCAAGAAAUGCAGAUGUUAGUCAACAAUGUACCGUCCAGUCGUGAACUUUUACAACGUCCUGAAGCUCAAGCUAUUAUUCAGGGACUUCAACAGGGUGAAAUUACUCGACAGCAUUUAGUACAACAGCUUCAGAACCCAGCGAUGCAACAUCGUCAUCGUGAACUGUUGAUGAAUAUUUUAAAAAUGUUCGGUAACACUACUUCACGUACUGUGAGUCCUCAUCCUGGUCCAGGAGUUCCACAUGAUUCAAUGAUUCAACAGUUACUAUAUCAGCAACAACAACAGCAUCAACAACAAAGAAUCCCUUCUCCAAUGAAUAACGUGAUUCCACACAGAGCGCCUUCGCCUCGUGAUCUUAUAAUGCAUCCGCAAUCCAUGAUGCAAAAUGCAUUAAUCAAGACUAAAUUGGAGGAACAACGUGAGAAUUAUCGUAAGCGACAAGAACAUCAACAACAACAACAACAGCAGCGUAUUACAAGCCCUAUAAAUUCACCAUCAAAGCAAAUAAUGAGUCCAACACCACUUGCUUUUACACCAACCUCCGUAUUGCGAAAAAUGACUGCCGAAAAGGAACCAGAUGGAACUGUUGAAAAUUCUAAAAUGGUAUCUCAAAGUCAAGCAAAUCAAAUGCAACAGAUGCAAUCAGCAGUACAAAUAAUUGCUCAAGCUCAGGGAGUUCUUUCACGGCAACAAAAUACAAUGCGGACUCAACCUAAUCAACAAGUUCCUUGGACAAACCAACCUGUUAAUAAGCAUCCAGGGCGACCAAUUGUGAAAGGUGGUGCUACUAAUCAAUUCCAGUAUGGUAAUCCAGUUAAUUAUCCUCAACAACCCCAGCAGCAGCAGCAACAACAACAACAACAACAACAACAACAACAACAACAACAACAACAACAACAACAAUCUCCUCCAUCUCAACGAUUAGCGCCAAAUGUUUAUGGAAAUACUACGCGACCAAACCACACAAUGUCUACACCACUUUCACUUCGAAGAGUUCCUAUGUAUAAUGCGAUACGAAAUCCUGCUAUGACCCAAAGAUCAGAUCCUAUAAAUAAUCUGACUGAAGCACAACAAGUGCAAUCACAAUAUGUAAAUAUCCAACAUCAACAACAAUCGCAACGUAAUGUAAAUUCUCAGGUUCAACUUGUUUUAAACCAAAAUUACAACACUAAUCGAACAGAUGGUAGAGUAAUACGACCUCAACAACAACCAAUUAAUAUACCAAUGGGUAGACAAACAUCACCAGGAAGCAACGGAGGAAGUCUAUCACCUACGUCUAAUCAACUGGCUCGAUGGUUUAGUCCUGAGCUCCUUGCUAAGGCUAGAGCUGGAAAGUUACCAGAGCUUGGUCAAACAAAUGUCUUGUCACUUGAAGAAUUAGAACGACUUCAGCAGGCUUCAGCUGUUGUACAUGAUUAAUUAUUUAAAUUAAAUUAAAUGAAUGAAAAGAAAGAUUUUUUUUUUCAAAACAACAGUGUAUUGAAGUCAGUAGCAGAUAGAAACAAUUUAAUUUUAAAUAAUUGUGGUAUGAUGACUACAAUUACUAAGUUUCAUUUUUUGAUAUUUUAUUGGAGUAAAUUGUGUGAUAAUUAGUAAAAGUCACACAUUGCCCUUUAUUAUCGAUUAAAUGAUACAUUUUAUGACUCGUUUAAAAAAAAAAAACAAAUACAAGAAAACAUUGUCAUUUAUUUAAAAGAAAAAUAAUGUGAAAAAUAACAAUAAGAAGUUGGUUUUAUUGUUUGUUGAGAUUGAAAAAAAAAUAUUAAUAAUAAUAAAAUGAACAAAUAAUGAUAAUUAUUUUAUGUUACUAAUUAUAUACCAUGAGUGUUUCACCACGCUUUGUGGAUUUUAUGGAAUCAUUGUUUUAGACUGUAUUAUUGAAAAGACUGUUAUGCCACAUAAGGUUUUGUCUAGGCAAUGAAUUAUUUUAAACUUGGGCUAAAUUUUAUCAGCAAGCCAUAAUAAGUAAAAAUACCAUCCAACAAGAUAAAACUAAAAUACGUUAACGCCAUUGAUCUCGGUGCCGUAAAUAUAAAAUGAACGACCAUUAACCGAGUCACAUACAUAAAUAAAUAAUAAUAAUAAUACAUAAUUUAUAUAAUUAUAAUGUCGUUACCGGAAAUUAUCAAGAAACUAAGUGAAUUUAACGAACAUUCAAUAUUGGUGUCAAAAAAUGUGCGUCGAUCGCGAUUAAUGAACAAAGAGAGUUAAUUUACACGAAAUAAGGAUUUUAAAAAAAUAAAUGAAACAAGUAUUGUAAUAAUAAUAGUUCAGGAAUAAGAAAAGUGAUUAUUAAUAUAUUAUUAAUUUGAGGCAGAAUAUAAUAUUGAUGUCAGCAUCUGUAUUAAUCUACUGCGUAAACCUAAUUCUCUUUUUUUCUUAAAUAAUUAAUUUAUUGUUUUUCUUUCCUUUCCAAGACAUUUGGACUUAUAUUAUUCAUUUUUUUUCCUUUACACUUGUUAUGUUCUUAAGAUGUAAACAAAAGAUUUUUUGAUCAUCAAUAAAAUGGUAAAUAAUUUUUUCGCGGUUAAAUACAAUUAUUAUCUGUAUU